ACGUUAUCUGAUGGUUGCUGGGUGUAUAUAUACAUUGUACAUGUACAUGUUCGUCACCAGUCUAUGUCUAGAGGUGGUUCACGUCCGAGCUCUGACAGCCGACUGAAACUCAUCAUGCGUUUUUUCGUCUUCCUCGCUCUUGUCUCCUACGCUGCGGCUCAGGCCGAGGACCGCAUUGUCGGUGGGUCGCAGGCGAGCGCGGGUGAGUUCCCGUACCAGGUGUCUCUGCAAGACAACAUAGGCCACUUCUGUGGCGGAACUCUCCUCAAUAGCCGAUGGGUCCUCAGCGCCGCUCACUGUCAAGAAAGUCCUAACCGCUUGACUAUAGUUGCCGGAGACUUCGACUUGAGCAGGAACGAGGGACACGAACAGUCGCGUGACGUGGCUCGGGUCAUCGUGCAUCCCAACUACAACGACAACACCCUUAACCACGACAUCAUGCUCAUCGAGGUCAGCUCUCCCUUCAACCUCAACUCUUGGGUCAGUCCGGUGAGUGUGCCAACAUCCAUGGUCUCCGUAGGGACCACGCUCACCGUCACGGGCUGGGGAAACACUCUUUCCAGCGGAAGUAAGUACCACACAGUAGAGAUAACGGCGAACUCCCGAUGGUAUGGUUGCCAGGCUAAGGGUUCUUAUGCCACAAAGGCCGUGUCUAGGGAGCACAGACACGCUGUACAGCUGUAG